AUGGCUCCGUCCGGCCCGAGCAUGAACAUCAUCAUCCCGAUGGGCGGCAUCGGGAACCGGUUCCGGUCGGACGGCUACCGUUUCCCGAAGCCUCUGGUGAACGUGCUGGGAAGGGCAAUGCUCUACUGGCUCCUGGACCACCUGUCGCUCGCGGACGGCGACGUGGUGUACUACGCCAUCGACCGCGUCAUUGAGCACGACUUCCAGCUGUACGACCGCCUGAAGAAGGAGUACCCGAACGUGGAGCUGGUCUGCGUGCCGCUCAACUUCCAGACCAGGGGUGCGGCCGAGACGCUGUACGUGGUGCUCAGCGGGAUCCCGCCGGAGCGCCGCUCGCUCAAGACCAUCUGCCUCGACUGCGACACGAUCUACUUCGAGGACGUUCUGUCCCAGUUCCGCGCCAUCGACCCUUCCUUGAAUGCCACCUUCUACUUCGAGGACGAGCAGGACAGGCCGCUGUUCUCCUACAUCAAGAUGGACAGCGGGGGCCGCGUGCAGGAAGUCAAGGAGAAGAUCCCCGUGUCGCGCCACGCCAACACCGGCGCGUACGCCUUCCGCGACGCCGCCACCAUCAUGCGGUACGCGGAGGCGGUCCUCGACGGAGCCGUGGGCGCCGCGGGCGAGUACUACACCUCCACGGUCAUCCAGCGCAUGCUCGACGACGGCCAGUGCUUCCUAGGCAUCGGGCCCGUCAAGGACUUCCACUGCCUGGGCACCCCAGCACAGGUGGACGAGUUCCUGGAGCUCGCACGGCAGGGCAAAGUGCAGGUGAAGCGCACGCUCAAGUUUUGCUUCGACCUGGACAACACGCUGGUGACGGCGCCGGCGGUGUCGGGGGACUACUCGACGGUGUCGCCGAAGCCGGACAACGUGCAGCUGGUGCGGCAGCUGAAGGAGUGCGGGCACUACAUCAUCAUUUCGACGGCGCGGCGCAUGCGCACGCACAAGGGCAACAUCGGGAAGAUCCUGCAGGACGUGGGCCUCGUGACGAUGAUGACGCUGUCGGACUUCGGGAUCCCGUACGACGAGCUGCACUUCGGGAAGCCGCACGCGGACAUAUACGUCGACGACCUGGCGGUGAACGCGCUGGUGGACACGCGCAAGGAGAUCGGGUGGUGGAAGCCCGAGGAGGAGGUGAAGGACCGCAAGUCGAUGAUCGCCGCGCGCGGACACAACCACGUCGUCGCGCUCGACGACCGCGUCGUCAAGUCCUCGUCACACCCCUCCAUCCGGGGCGAGGCGCACUUCUACCAGUCGACCCCCCCGGGGCUGUCCCACCUGUUUGCGCGGCUGCACAGCGUGACCGAGGACGACGCGCAGGUCUCGAUCUGCAUGGAGCGCGUCAACGGCGCCACGCUCUCGCACCUCGCCGUCAACGGCUGCCUCACCCCCGGCCGCCUGCUCCGCGCGCUGGAGGGCCUGCACACCAUGCACACCCACCAGGGCGCCGCGCCCGCCGACGCCGCGCUCGCGGACCGCAUGUACGACAACUACGCGCCCAAGACCCGCGCGCGCUUCACGGUCUCGCGGGAGGUGUACGCGGAGCUCGAGGGCUCCGAGGCGGUGUGCAACGCGCUGGUGGCCAAGCUGGAGGCGUACCGGGAGGCGGGGCGCGGGCUGCUCGCGCCCGUCAUCCACGGCGACCCCGUGUUCUCGAACAUCCUCCUCACCGCGUCGAACCGCGUGUGCUUCAUCGACAUGCGCGGCCAGCUCGGCGACACGCUCGCCGUGGGCGGCGACGCGGUGUACGACCUCGCCAAGGUGCUGCAGUCGCUGCUCGGGUACGAUUACAUCCUGCUCGACCGCUGGCCGCUGCGCGGGCAGGACCGCGAGAGCGCGCGGCGCCUGAUGGCAGCGUACGAGGCGUUCGUCGCGGAGCGCUACCCGACGGUGAAGAUGGCGGACGUGCGGCUCGUGGCGGCGUCGCUGCUCUUCACGCUCAUCCCGCUGCACGAGGCGCCCUCGAAACGGAAGCUCUACUACGAGCUCAUGCGCACGGAGCUCGCGGACGUGUUCACCUGA